GCGCACUAAGACACAACCGGGGCCGGCCUUGGUUCGGUAACAGCCGCUCACGUGACCGCAGCGGUGGAGGUGCGGUGCAACGGAACGGCUCAGGAAGGUGAAUAACGGCGCGCCGGAGCCGGUGGGAUAUCUGAUAUGUGUCUGUAUGAACAUGCGUGAGUGGGUCCGCGUGCGCUCAUGAUGUAGGCCGAGCCUGCGGGAGGACAGAGCAGUGGGAUUUACAUUUCCACACCUGAAGAGAGAAAAAAGCAAAAAAGAUUGAGGGCAAAAGAAAGAGGCUUCCGUGAUUCAUGUGCCCAUUAGUGUCCGCUGGGCAUGAUGAGUACAGACAGACCCAAACGGAAUAUCAUCAAGAAGAAAUAUGAUAUCAGCGACGGAAUGCCGUGGUGUGAAGAACGUCUGAUCCGCAAAGUUCUUUUCCUCUCCCUCAGGGAAUUCAGAGACAACCAUCGUGCCACAAACAAGACACACACACGCGUGCGCGCACACAAAUGCAUGUUGAAAAAUAAUCUCUUACAUGCUCCGCGAAAGACACGGACACUACCUAACACACACACACAAAAAUACACACGCACAAGACAGAGUGUGCACAUGCCACAACAAAGAGUCACACAAAGAGCAACAAACACACAUGCAAAGAGAAACACGCCCGGUGAACAAAAUAUGCACGUUUCAAAACACCUAUGCCCUCGUGAAGACACCAAAAAAGGGCAAGAAAUGAACUUGUCUCAGGACUCAUACACACCAAAACAUAAAUGUACCCACACACUACAGAACAUGCAAACGCAAUCAAAACUGUGCACAGGAAAGAUUAAUCACCCACCACAAAAUACACACAAGAAUUCUGCCUCAACCAGGACACUGCGCUCACAUAAAACACUAAAUACGCUGUCGCUGCUGAACUCCGAAUACACAGAAACUGCAAAACACACACACAGUACUCGGCGCAAACACUCAUUGAAAAAGAGUUGCAGACCUGAAAACACACAGAUGCUGCUGAGCGCUCCUGCCUCGGCCAGGACACUGAGGUCACACACCCCCACAAGCCUCAACGGCUCCCUGGUUAAUGGCAUUAGCCGGUGUCAGUCACAGAACCUGUCAGCUAGUCCGACCUGGCGCUGGUCAUUAAAGAUGUGCCCUCAAAAGUGUCGCCCUGCUAACAUCCAUCGUGACAAGGAGGACCCUGCCAGCAAGAGACCAAGGCUGCAGGCGCAGAGGAAGUUUGCCCAGUCCCCUACCAGCAAUCCAAGACCACCAGUGUUGAUGACAUCAACACAAAGUAACCACACACACCCCCUGGCUGUAGUCCCCUGUCCUACCAGACAUCGGCCCAAGACUGAGGACUUCUUGUCCUUUCUCUGUUUGAGAGGUUCAGCAGCAUUGCCUAGCAACAUGACCUUUUUAGCAAAUGGACGGGCAAAGGAGCCAGCUGACGCUCAGCAUCGUACUUCCUGUCUUUCCACCAAUCACAGGACUGGAGAUGAGCUGAAUAACAUAAGCAUGUUCAGUGGGACAUCAGUGCAGCAGGACUCUCGGUCUCUGAGAGGGAGGCCUAAGAAUUCUGCCGGGGUCAGCUCCUUCUCUCUAACUGCCCAGGCACAGAGGAGGAGGAAGAGAGAGAGGAGAGAGGAGGUACAGCAGAGGAGGAGAAGAAGAGAGAAAAUACAGGAGGACAGAAAAGAGGGAGCUGAGAGACACCUUCUGAGACCUCGCCACCUCUCCCUGCAGGUCAGGAGGACUCAAAAGGUUGCCAUGGUGACUACUGAACAAAGAACCUCCUGUGUCAGGUCAGUCCAUCCCUUAAAGCCUAGCACAGGGGUUGGCAGCGGACAAUCCCCCGGGCCCUGCACAAGGCCAAGCAAUACCUGUAAACUAAGAGGCCAUCCCCAAAGCAGACCCCAGGAACACCUCUCCCGGCAUAACAACCACCAGCUGCCUCGCAAUCAGCACCUUCCUCUCCACCACCGAGCAGUGUCCAACUACUAUAGCGACCCCAAGUCCUUUGAUAGUCUCCAGAACUCAGGAAGAAAUUCAAGCAGGACUCCAGCUCAGAUAUCAUUGACUAAUGAGUCAGUCAUCAGACAGCUAAGUGAGAAUCCUGUGGUCCUGAGGUUGUCCAGAAGGAGGCGAGGCCUUCCACCAGACACCAGCCCUACCCCUCUGAAUGGCGUUCCUUUGGACAACAACUCAUCAAAGAAAUGCGGGGCACUGCGAUACAGUGAUGUCGAUGUCUUAUUGGCAAGGGACUGCAAAAUUGGUGAGACCCCGCAGAAGGCGGCCAACUGUGAUAAAGAUGUUAGACCGCAGGAUGGGAGACAUGUAGGUAAAAUAACUGGCAGCCAUGAAGAAGAACUUAGACAAGACAGAUGUGGCCAUGUUGGAGAGGUGAUACUAGAGAGGGGUAGUUGCAUUAGUGAAGACAGUUUGGCAAGUGUCGAUGCUCUGGAGCCCUCUCAAGAAAGUGUCAGCUUUACCAACAUCAUCACAGACUAUGACCUCAGUCCUAUCAGUGAGGCGAUAUGCAGACAUGUGAGAAAAAAAAGGAUCCUGAAUCCAAAUCAGCCGGCUUCAUCCACAAUCCCUAAGCCAGUUACCAGGACUAUUCAUUCGAGGACUGUUGCCAGAGCUCCUACUACCAGGAUUACUGCAACUAAAGCUUCUUCCAACUCUACACAUGUACACACUGACUCUCCAGACAGUUAUUUUGUCAGUCACACUGCAAAGGGUACCAACAAAGAUACUAGCAAGGACAUUAGGAAGUGUACUUCAGCAGCUAGCAGUUACUGUAUCCAUAAUUCCAAAGGUGCUGCAAAACACUCUUCCAAGCGUACCACAGAGGACUUGACAAAGGACAGUGCACCUGUCUGCAGCUAUUGUAGCACUUCCAAGGGCCUUUCCCAGACCAAGUCUUCUACCUCAGCCAUUAAGACCAGGACCAGCCCUAGAAUACUUCUGAAGCGCUAACUAACACCUGAGCUACAUCUGAAAACGUUCAAAUAUUCAUUAUUUGCUAUAUUAAGAAUUAAUGUUGAAGAGAAAAUAUUUAUAACAACAUUGCAUAACUGGAUACAGCAUGAUGAUGGUUGUUAGCUGGUUGGGCUGUGACACAGUGGCUAUGUACUGUUCUGUACAUUUGUAAAUGUAUGUAGGAUCGUUUUAAUUCUUUUAAAGUAAAAUACGGCAUAAUGGCAGAUAUGUUAGUCAUAUAUUUGACUGUGUAGUGAAAAGUCACUAAUUUCAGAUACUUCCUUGAUGUCUCUGAAAUAGUAGCUUGAUAUUUUUGUAUUAUUAUAUUCAUUCGGCAAAAGCACUGGUUUUAUCAAAGCACAAAGUUUAACUUGAGUCAGGCUGCUAAACAGUUUUCAGUAGCUUAGUUCUGGGGCUUCUUAGGAAGACAGGUUACAAUACAGUCCUUAGAAUUAACCUAACCACUGCCAUUUAAAUUAAACAGAUAUAAUCUUCUAAGGUUGUCAUGAUAAAUAACACAGCCUUAACAACACCUAAAAUUCUCAAUUAAUUGGGUAGGUGGGAUUAUUUGAAGUCUGUCUAAAAUCAAUAGUCAAGUAAGUAUAAAAGCCACUGUGGGGAAUCAACAAUGGACUACGCUGUGCUUAGUUUUGUUUUUUCAAACUUUCCAUCAGAACUGUUAAUUGUUAAUAAAAAUAAAUAAAACUUUUUCCACAUGUUGAGGCUUUAACUAAAUAAUUUACAAAUGCAUUUGUAAAUAAGUUUAUUCUCCAUCCAUACUUAAUUCCAUAGGAUAUAUUUUAUCCGUCCCAAUCACAGGUCAGUGUGGUAAUUUAUGACAAACACAUGUUAAACUAAGUUAUGAAUAAAGGCUUGAGUAAAUUUAUAUUAUUCAUUAUUAUUUCAUAUUAUGACCUAUUGUAACUACAGAACUUUAAUAAAUCAACUACCGCCAUUA